UGUACAUGCCGUCACUCGUGUGUUGAUGUUUUGUGGAAAGUGGAGAACGGACGGCGGACGGGAAGCGGUGGCUUUGUUUUUGUUUCCAACAGCGUCGCCUUUUAACGUUAAAAAGCCAUUCAGCUUUUCAGUAAAACGUUCAAGGACGCGCACGCGGACAAAGAAGACGGUCACGUUGACUCUCGAUCGAACGCAAAACGUUUAAACGGAGGACUCUUCCCCCUCCCCUUCCCCCCGACCCCAAUCUGCUUUAAAUAGACAGCUAGCUAGCCAACAUGACGAUUCUGCCCAAGAAGAAGCCGAGCUCGUCCGUUGGCGUUUCCGAUCACACCGACGAACCCGACCGACGGAGCGGAUCCGACCCGCACCCACAUCCGCAUCCACACCCGCAUUCCCACGCCGUGCGGACGGGCGCCAGGCCCAGAGCUUCUCCGCCGCCGUGGUCGUAUCAGACCGCUCCGCCUUCGUCCAGGGAGGACAGGCGGAAUGAGCCGAGCUCCCGGCCGCAGCAGGCCUCGCCUCCGCCGGUAGGUUCGGGUUCCCCGGCCGGGCCGGGAGACGGAAGCGGGAUCUCCGGGGUUCGCGGAGAGCUCGCGGGCGGUGUAGGAUGCGGCGGUGCUGGUGGAAUCGGGAUUGGGAGUUGCUGCUCCGGCCCGGGGCUCAGCAAGAGGCGGCGUCAGGCGACUUGCACCGGCGGAGUAGCGGGCGGAGGGACCGGACCCGGCGUGUCUGGAGGCGGUGGAGUCGGUCCGAGCUCGGAUCCCGAGGAAGGCGCCGGUUAUAACAGCGAGGAUGAGUAUGAGAAUGCUUCCAGACUGCAGUCGGAGGAUCCGGCGACGGUUGAACAGCAGGAGCACUGGUUCGAGAAAGCACUUAGAGAAAAGAAAGGAUUUGUGAUUAAAAAAAUGAAGGAAGACGGUGCGUGCCUCUUCAGAGCUGUCGCUGAUCAAGUUUACGGAGACCAAGAUAUGCACGAAGUCGUUCGCAAACACUGCAUGGACUACUUGAUGAAGAACGCAGACUACUUCUCAAACUACGUGACAGAAGACUUCACCACAUACAUCAACAGGAAAAGAAAAAACAACUGUCACGGGAACCACAUUGAGAUGCAGGCCAUGGCGGAGAUGUACAACCGGCCGGUGGAGGUGUACCAGAACGGCACAGAACCAAUCAACACGUUCCACGGGAUCCACCAAAACAAUGACGAACCAAUCAGAGUCAGUUACCAUCGGAACAUUCACUACAAUUCAGUGGUGAACCCUAAUAAAGCCACGAUCGGAGUGGGGCUCGGCCUUCCUGCCUUUAAACCGGGAUACGCGGACCAGUCUCUGAUGAAGAACGCUAUCAAGACAUCGGAGGAGUCGUGGAUCGAGCAGCAGAUGCUGGAGGAUAAAAAGAGGGCCACUGAUUGGGAGGCUACCAAUGAGGCAAUCGAGGAGCAGGUGGCCCGCGAGUCGUACCUGCAGUGGCUCCGGGAUCAGGAGAAACAGGCACGGCAGCCGCGUAAGGCCAGCGCCACAUGUAGCUCUGCCACUGCUGCAGCCUCCAGCGGACUGGAGGAGUGGAGCGCACGGUCCCCACGGCACCGGAGCUCCGCCCCCUCCCCCGAGAACCCAGACCCGGCCCACUCGGACCCAGCGCCCAAGCCUCCCUCCCCGGCUGGAGCGGCUCUCGCGCUGUCCAAACCUCCCUCGCCUUGCGCUCCUGGGCCCAGUAACCAAGCCUGUGUUGGAGCAGACAGACCCACCUCAUCGUCUCUGGUGUCUCUGUACCCCGCGCUGGGCUACCGUGCCAUCAUGCAGGACAUGUCGCCAACGGCUUUUGGUCUGACAGAUUGGGAGGAUGACGAGAUUUUGGCCUCGGUCCUGGCCGUAUCACAACAGGAGUACCUCGACAGCAUGAAGAAGAACGCCAUGCAUAGGGAACCGUCUCCAGACAGCAGUUGAUAAAGGGACGAAGGCGCUCCGAAGCCCUCUCGCAGUACAGGAGAAGGCACAAACCCGGGGAUCAAUCAAACGUCAUCUUGUCCAUCAUCAUAGAAAUCCCAUUUCCCUCUCACUCUCCCCUCAUGUCCUGAUCACUAUCAUCUAUCAGUAAUAAUGACCGUCACUGUAAGACUUCCCCUCACCAUUACCUUACUUUCUUUUGCCACUAAUGCCAAGAUUGGACUUCUUUAUUAGGUGCAUGUUUAAACCAACAUAACUGAUCUCAUAGAAAAAAAACAUGAGGAAAAAAAAAAAUCUAUAAAAAUGUCACACUAUCAUCUUAAUACCUGAUUAAUAUAAGCUUGUUGUAUUUUAUUUUCUUGUUUGGAAUGGGAAAAAAAAGCUCUUUUUUUUCUUGGAAUAAAAAAGGAGAAGUUUCUGAAGAAAAA